GCACAAGCUUGACCCAGCUCGACCUGGCAGUCCAGUGCAGUGUGAGUCUUCUGGACAGGGAUGAGCAGGCGCUCACGGCAGCCCUUCAGAUUUCGUCCUUGGCAGAGGUUCUGUCUGCCGCUAGUCCCGUCGGCGGCAUGGGGCAGGUGAGAAGCAGGGCUGCCAGCGUCAGGAACUUCGCUUCCUCUCGCCUAAGCAAAAGCAACGCUAGUGAGCCCCUUCCUGUCCCGUACCUCUCUCUCAGCGUGUAUUCUGACAUGGUAGAUGAUCUUGCGUGGAAUGUCCAGUUCUACAAAGACACACUUGACAAACUGAGGAAUAAAUUGGAGCAGCAGAGCGAAGCAAUGUUUGACCUGAGCAUGACAUUCGAGGAGCGUCAUGCAGACCUGGAAUUCGUCUACCAGGAGUCCCAGACAGCCCUUACGCAAGCUCAGAGUGUGUUCGGAAGCCAAGAGAACCACCUCAGCAACCUUCGCUCGCAUGCAGACUCAGUAUAUGGACUGGUCUUUGAUGUCUACGCCAAGUUUUCAGAAGCUGCCACCAGGUACGAAGCAGCGUUUGAAGACUUCAAGGACGGCAUCAGAAAGGCGAAGGAAAGCGCGUUCAUCCGAGGUUGUCUCGGCAUCUUCACGACCAUUGGAAAGUGCUACAUGCAAAAGGAAUAUCCGAAUCCAGCAGAGUGUGAAUUCCAUCUAUCAAGCAAGUGACUUUGUGGACGAAUUCGAUGACAUGAAAGACGAAAUGCAGGAAUCUAUGCUGCUGAUAAAUGACCUUAUGAGAGAUGUAAUGGACAUUAUAUCGAAGUUGGAGACCUUGGAUCCUCCUGAGGGCGAUGCCGGGACCGACUGGGCCGCUGCCUUCCCUGACACAACGCAGCUCCUCAGUGCCGCUCAGAGCCAGAUGGUGUCGAGAACGCAGUGGGACGUCAGCACCAGAGGAGCCACUAUACUGCUUGAUGACAGCGAUAUGAAGCAGGUCUCGGGUUCGAGGCAAUACAGGGCCUCCGUGCUGGAGCUGGCCGAGUGGGGGAAGAGGUUCAGCGAGAAGGUGGUGUCCUUCGCGCAGCUCAUCCUUCAGAUCAAGGACGAGGAGGAGAACCUGAAGGUGGCCGCCCUGGGCGUCCAGCAUGCCAGCGAGAAGGCCGACGCCGUCGGCCAGAUGAUGGCCACAUCCGAGACCAACGAGGACAACUACCUGUCGGUGCUGAAUCAGCAGAAUCUGGUCAUCAUGGGUCUGAUGCUCGACUUCCAUACGAGGGCCCGCGCGGACAUGCUGGCUAUGGCCCGUGUCCUUGACGAGUUCUGCCAAGCGUACCGCUACAAUUUCUUCACCGAUUGCACCCAGUCCAGCAGGCCGACGCCAGCGGAUGACUACGACGCGAUCCUCUUGAAGCUGAGCAAGCUCCAGGUCGGCGCCCUCGACUCCCUCUCCAGCCUCACGCCUCCACCGCAGCCCUUCAAGAAGACCUUCGACAUCGUUGAGAGUCCUUCAUGCAACGGGGCUCUCAGCAGCUGCCCUGUGUCCUCCCUCAGCUCCACGGGCGUCGCCACACUCGUCCUCAGCGACUGGUGGGGUCUGAGCUGGACUUCUUCGACCGCGUCCGCAUCGACACACUUCAGGUGUUCCUGUCGGGCGCCUCAGUACCCCUCGACACAAGCGUCAUCCUUGAAGUGACUCAACCCGCGGUAUUCAAUGACACGUUUACGGGUCGAUCGACACCUUCACUGGCCACGUCACGCGCUGCCUAGUCAUGUAUCGCCAGGAGAUUCCUGAUGGAGAUAUCAACGAUGCUGUCUUCCUGACGGACUGCUCGACGCAUCACUUCUACGAUAGCUACUACACGAGGUCGACGCCCAGGGGUCUGUACACCGUCACUGUCGUCAGUCCUGAUACAACUUGACCCUCCUUCAGAAGCUCCAGAUCCACGUCGAGGGGUCCUGGAUGCCGCACGCCAAAGCGUCAGAGGGAGAGGACCCUUUCGCGUUCACUACGGAGGGACACUAGAGGGGGCUCUGGUGCCUAAAUACUGCCAAUGUGUGAAAUCUAAUAAAGCAUAAAACUAUCCCAAAA